UCUCUCUUACUUUUUUUUUUCUUCCCUUUUUUCAUACAAAAAAGCCUUUCUCUCUCAUUCUUUGCCCAUACCAUUAAUCCAACGGCAAAGGAAGGUGCAAAGGAAAUACAGCAAGAAAGACUUUCCAAACACACGUAAAACUUAUCUUCCACACGAGUGAUAAGCAGGGUCUUUUCUUAUAUCGCUUGUGUCUUCAAGAAAACCCACAACCCAAGUGUCCCUACCCCACAAAGCAACCAUUCCUCCUCAAAGAACCCUCAUUUCUUCUUCAACCCAUCUUUCUCAAAAUGACUACUCACUUUGCUUACCAAGAAAAUCCCUCCACCAACUACUGGACCACCCACCAAAGCUCGCUGGCCGCCCGCAAGGGACCGAACGGCUGUCUGGUUGCUGCGACGAAGCCGUGUUUUAUCCUUGCCUGCCGGGAGCUCCCACCAUGAGCAGCGACGACGAAGAGCCCCCACCUCCAAGUCUUUUGCAACAGCAGCAACAACAACAACUACUACAAUCUAACACUACUCUAACUCACGGACACUCUUACCUGGACGCCCCUCUUCCAUCUAUACAACGCAUGCCACUGCCUCCUGUAGUCGGAUCCGCUGGCAAGGACCCAUCACCUCGUCGGCACAUUCAACCACAGCAGCGCUUCCGACCUUACCCCAACCACCACCAUCCUCAUCCCCGCAACAACAACAACAACAACUCCACCCUUCAUCUCAACCACGAGCAAGAACCACUACUCGCCAACAAGCAUACAGACAAACCAGCAAGCAACAACAAAGUAAAAGAACCUGAUAAACAGCAGCUCGACUUGUUUGGUAGCAUCCCCGAAUCCCAGACGUGGUCGACUUGUUCCAUGUCGUCGUCACUGCUAGAAUCAAGCAACAACAACAACAACAACAACUUUCACGAGACUGUUUGCGAUGACGAAACAAUCUUUACAGAAUUUGCUCAGUUAACUGCUGACCCUUCUUCCCCAUCCUUCUGUUUCGAGCACGAAUUCUCCUCUUCUUCCAGCAACGCUGAUGAUGACUUUGUACUGUUCCCAUAGUUUCCUCUCUGUUUUCUUUUGUGCCAACACAUACAUUAGCUAUUUUUCUGUCUCUUUUUUUUUUUCCUUUUCUGUUCUGCUCUGUUCUGUUCUGUUCCCCCCCAUCUUUUGACGAAUUUACAAGAAAUAUACUUUUUCUAAUUCUUUACAAGU